AUUCAAACUACUGAUUAAAUGGUCGAUCUCAUAUGUAAGGCGUUUUGACAAAACUGGUGAAAAUGACAAUCGGUAUAAUGAAACUUGAUCGAGGUGGGCAUGAAAUGCAUGUUCAAGGCCCGCCGUGUGGAAUGAAUUUUUUGCUUGAGAUAUCCCUUCGUCGGUGAACACGCCGAGGACUUUUCACUAUCAUGACAGAAUCAUCGCCUGCAGCAUGCCGUGAACUUUUGCAAGAAAAUUUAACAAGCAUCAAAAAACGACUGGACGAGCUUAGCUUGCAGUAUCUAACUGCUAUGGAGGAAUACAGCCAACAGUGGGAGCUGUGUAAUACGGAUUUGCAACAGGGAUUUAUAGAUUUAGCUCACGCGAAAUACACAAUGGGGGCGGACAAAAUCUCGCGCUUUUCAUACGACAAGCGUAUGAAGGCACAAGUACAGGUAGCGAUUGAAUCAGAGCAGGAACAUCCAUUUCCUGUAUUGACCCUCAAAGAAAGUUGCUUAUGCGAGAAUGAUGAAUCUGAAGUGACUGCCGAUGGUGAACAAGCCAACGAUCAGUCAUCAGAAAAGCCUUCUGGUGCUCGUCGGAGGAGAAAGUUGCAGGAAGAGACACCAGAGAACGAAUCAGAACACACAGAUGUACAAGAAAAAGAAGCUGCCGCCGUGGCCAAGGAAAACCGAAAGAAGCGAUCUCGGGAUCCGUUAAAUUGGUUCGGAUUUCUAGUCUCUCCAUCUUUACGAACGUCUCAGAAGCAUUUCAAGACAGUGAUUGAUCAAUUAGUACAUCAAGUGAAUCGAAUUCAUGAAUUAGACCAACUGGAGAAACAAUAUUCUCUUUUGAAACGGGAAAAGGAGAAGCUUUUAGAACAAGCAUAAGCGACACGUUCGGCAACCAUCGGUGAUGGGAUCCUGGAAUGGCAUAUAAAACGCAAGCUAAUUGUAGGACAGAUCGUUUUAAUUUCGAGAAUGAUCUAUGAAUUUUUCAUAUAAACGUUUAGACAUAAGCAGAACUAAGGCAUGGCUGAAUUUAACAAAGAGUAUAAUUUUCCACUUCCAGUGACUGUAUUAGUACUCUUUUCGAUCCCACUAACAACACGUUGAUGUGGGGUGAUGGCAGCAUAGAGAACGGGACAAGGUCAUCUUACAUUGCCAAGCUUCAAAUGAACAAGUCG